GCCGGGGCGGGAUCUGACGCGUUCGGAUCCGCCCUGAUGUCCCGAUGACAGCACGGACAAGAUGGCGGCCAGCUGGGAAGGGAAGUGAGGAUGUCAACAUCAUUUCUUCGGCGCAAACAAGUCGGGAUUUUCACCACCCACCCCCUCGAUCAAUCCGCGAUAUAGUUCAUGUUCCGUGCAUCUGUUUUAGGAGCCGAAACCGGGGCAUUUUUACGCAAACGCACGCAUGUUUUUGCGCUAUGUUUUGGAAAUCCGUUUGCGCAAAGAGGACCAUCAACUCUUGACGAGCGAUCUGGCCUGCGUGAACCUCCAAACCCCACUCCAGGAGUCAUCAAAAAGAGCCUUUCAACAUCCGAUCGCACGCUACAUCGACUGAAACUCUGCGAUCGGUCCGAUCGACGCUGUUUUGAUUGGUGUUUGCGGUGAUUUCCGCGAGGAAGUGCAGCGGCUCUCAUUAAAGCUGCGGAAGUGGAGGAGAGGUUUUCACGCCAGUCAUCUUUCAAAUGCACUUUCUGUCCUCCCGUGGAUGCUCUUCGCUCCAUUAUCCAGCUGUAAAAUAGCUGAGACCGCGUUAAAACUCGGGCAAACGGGAUCUAGCGGUGCAUUAGCUGUGUUUUGUCCGGAAACAGUGUUUUUUGUUGACUUGCUGGCCAGUUUUAGUGGUUAAAGUGACGCCAUGGCUCAUUCUCCAGUGCAGGGCAGUCUGCCUGGGAUGCAGAAUUUAAAAGCAGAUCCUGAGGAGUUAUUCACCAAGCUGGAGAGAAUCGGUAAGGGUUCGUUCGGAGAGGUGUUUAAGGGCAUCGACAAUCGCACGCAGAAAGUUGUGGCCAUCAAGAUCAUCGAUCUGGAAGAGGCUGAAGAUGAGAUUGAAGACAUUCAGCAGGAAAUCACAGUGUUAAGCCAGUGCGACAGUCCCUUUGUCACCAAAUACUACGGUUCCUACCUAAAGGACACAAAGUUAUGGAUCAUCAUGGAGUAUUUAGGUGGUGGAUCUGCCCUGGAUUUGCUGGAGCCUGGUGCUUUAGACGAAACACAGAUCGCCACCAUCCUGAGAGAGAUCUUGAAAGGCCUGGAGUAUCUACACUCUGAGAAGAAGAUCCACAGAGACAUCAAACCUGCAAAUGUAUUAUUGUCAGAGCAAGGGGAGGUGAAGCUGGCAGAUUUCGGUGUGGCCGGUCAGCUCACAGACACGCAGAUCAAGCGGAACACAUUUGUGGGCACACCCUUCUGGAUGGCCCCAGAGGUCAUCAAACAGUCUGCCUAUGAUUCAAAGGCUGAUAUUUGGUCAUUGGGCAUCACGGCGAUUGAGCUGGCUAAAGGAGAGCCGCCCCACUCUGAUCUGCACCCCAUGAAGGUGCUGUUCCUCAUUCCAAAGAACAACCCCCCUACACUGGAGGGCAGCUACUGCAAACCUCUGAAAGAGUUUGUCGAGGCCUGUCUAAACAAAGAGCCCAGUUUUAGACCGACAGCCAAAGAGUUGCUGAAACACAAGCUCAUUGUGCGCUAUGCGAAGAAAACAUCCUAUCUGACAGAGCUCAUCGACAGAUACAAGCGCUGGAAGGCCGAACAGUCCCGAGCGGAGUCCAGCUCCGAUGAGUCUGACUCAGAACCGGAUGGCCAGGCAUCUGGUGGGAAUGACUUUGGCAGUGAUGACUGGAUCUUCACCAUUCGAGAGAAAGACCCCAAAAAGCUGCAGAACGGAGCCAGUCCAACAGGAGAGGAGGAGCCCAACAAGAGGCCUCUGUCCCAGAGUCUGUCCACUGUCAUCACUCCAGUCUUAACUGAGGGGAAGAACAUCAUCCUCAUCGCACCAGUGAUUAUUCCAUUAGCCUGUCCGUCUCUCAUCAGUCCCGCCCCCCGGCAUCAGCUCAGCGAAUCCUGA